AUGGAUAUGGACACCAAUAAUUUGAUUUUAUUCAUUUCGAAAUUCAUUUUAAAUGGCAUUGGCGAUCAGGUACUGGAUGAGGAACAGGAAGAUGAGCGGGGUUUUCACUCUCAAUUUCAGCCUCAGCGGGGACAACAGCGGGGACAGCGGGGGCAGGCUCAGCAGGAGCAACCACAGCCACCAGUACAAACACAAACACAACACCACCACCCACACACCCAAGCAUGCUCUUCCUCACUCAACAAUCCGUCCACUCUCCAACUCUUCCAAGCAAAAUCCAUUCCUUCGAUCAGCAUACAUAAUUACCUCGUUAGAAUACUCAGGUACUGCCCUUCUACGAAUGAAGUAUUUAUCAGCCUCAUCAUAUACUUUGAUAGAAUGAAAUUGCUGUCUUCUCUUUUCACAAUCAACAGCUACAAUAUCCACAGGCUGAUUAUUGCUGGGAUCACCGUGUCCUCCAAAUUCUUCUCUGACAUAUUUUACACCAACUCGAGGUAUGCAAAGGUCGGUGGUCUCCCGCUCUCUGAACUCAAUCAACUAGAACUACACUUCCUCCUCCUCAACGACUUUAAUCUCGUCAUCAAUCAAUCCGAAUUAGACUCUUACACGAAAAAGCUACUUGAGACAUCUAUAGACUGA